GAGGGAGAGAGAGAGAGAGAGAACGAACGAGAGGGCACGAAUGCAGUUUACACAUUAGCCCAGCUGCCAGAUUUUACAGCAAGCUCAAUUCUGCCGGACUGGAACAGGGGGCCGUGAAACGGGAGGAUGGCAAGGACGCAGAAAAUGAAGAGAACCCACCAUUGCAUUCUCUUGGGAAAUGAUCUGAGGUGAAUAAACAAAAACCGCAGAAGAGGCUGAGAAAGAGAGAGGCAGAACGGGGGAACCGAGGAGGAGGGGAGAGCCUAGCGUUCUCUGAGUAGACUUUCACCGCCUCAACUGAAGGAAAAGAGCCAUGGGCUGUUUCCUGCGCUGUAAAGGCCAAUUUCUCCACCCUUGACGCGUCUUAACGCUCCUGCCUGCUGACAGCAAGUUCUUCUUCCAAACAUCCCCAGACACUCUCAGAAUGCACCUACUUUCCUGCCAGCAAAAGCGCAGUGACAGGAUCGCAGAGACUUAAGGAUAUCUGGUUUAAAAAAGUCGGCUGAGGAAGUAGGACCGAAAAGAAAGAACAAAUCCUUGAUUAGGAUUUUUUUUUUUUUUUUUAUCACUUGACGUUUACUACUACAAAACCAUCCAGCGCUUUAAGUUGGAACGGAACCCUGAGGGGCCAAAGGAAUAAGUGUCAUCCAAUCAUACCAAGAUCCUUUGAUUUCAUAUCGCACAGAGAGGAUCCUAAGCGUACCAUUCAAUGGGAGAUAAUUGAACUUCUUGCCUCGCAGGCAGCUGAAAAUGGAGAAGUAGAGGUUCAAGUGGUUUUUCUGGGAGAUAAGUUCAAGAACCCCACCACUCAGGAUCAGAUUGGAGGCCGGCUCUGACGGCGACCUUCCACCGAUCUGUGCGGUUUUCUUUCUUUUUUUUCCUGUUUGUCCAGUUCUGAGAAGGGAAAACAGAUUUUGGGAUUGUUUUGUGCUAGACCUCAGUCAGAUGUUAACUUUUAGACUGACAUUCAACAGUUUUACUGUGUAGGUCUAGAAAAAAAUAAGAAGAAGAAAUUGGAUUGAGAAGGCUGUUCACCAGCAAUCUGGGGAAAACAAAGGACAUUUUAUUAAGUGGCUUUUAUUUCACUAUUCAGAUUCAGGUAAACUGAAAGACAGAAGGAGAACAAGACCAAAAAAAGCAAAAAGGGGAGGGAGGGGGCCAGAUGCCACAGAUCGUCGUUAACUCCAACCUUUUGAUCAGUUAAGCUUCUUUUUCCAUUUUCGUCGUCUUUUCAUCUCGAAAAUUAGAUUUCUUUUGUUCUUUUUUUUUCCAGAUGACCCUUACAUCUGUAAGGGAGAUCGUAACACAUUGCUGUGACUGAGAUAAGGUGGGGGGGGGGAAAGGAGGGAGAAGUUUUUUUUCCAUAGCUGAAAAAGAAUGUUCUGUUGCCUUCUCAUUUUUGCAGUUUUGGGUAUUUUUCUUGUCACUCCAUCUCCGUUUUCAUCCCCCUCUCCAUGCCUCUGGGAGAGCAUAGGAGGGAAUUGAGUUAUUUCAUCUCCACUGGAAUUUUUUUUAUUUGCUUUCCCGACUGAUUUUUCUUCUGUACUCCUGUUUGCCCCAGACAAAAUGCUGUUGUAUCUAAAGUCAAAAUCAGGAACCUGAUAGUGUUUGGCACAAGAUUCCACAAGGAGAGCCAGGCAACGAGAACAAGAGACGGAAAUCUUCUGAAGCCUAACCUCCGAUCUUAAAAAGCGUGAGAUCUGCUUUCCCCCUUCCCUCUCCACCACCACCACCCCCUUUCCCGUCCAGUUUCAGACGUGUCCUCGAAUAUUCCUUCCUUUUUCCCCCGGAAUCUGUCAGCAUUCCCGACGGGACGCAGCCAGCUUGUAUCCGUGCCAAUCCUUUGAUAUUAGCUCCCGGUGUCGUCUGCUUCAUUCUGUGGCGGUGCAGGCAGCCAGACGACCUUUCUCCAUGAGGAGCAGUGGAAGAUGCCGGCUCUGCCAGCGCUGCUGCUGUCGAUUCACCUACUCUUCCUCCUCCUGCUGUUGCUGCUGCUGACCAUGGCCCCGUCCUCUCUCAGCCAGGCGCCCGCUCUCGCAGCUGUCAGGAUGGCUGCUAUUUUAGAUGAUCAGUCAGCAUGUGGACGUGGAGAGCGGUUGGCAUUGGCUCUGGCCCGAGAGAACAUCAACAGUGCGAUGGAAGGUUCGUCACGAGCCCGCGUGGAGGUCGACAUCUUUGAGCUGCAGAGAGACUCUCAAUACGAGACUACAGACACAAUGUGUCAGAUCUUGCCAAAGGGAGUGGUCUCUGUCAUUGGUCCUGCCUCUAGUCCUGCUUCUGGAUCCACUGUCAGUCAUAUAUGUGGGGAAAAAGAGAUCCCUCACAUCAAGAUCGGUCCAGAGGAGACUCCACGCUUGCCAUAUCUGCGCUUUGCCUCAGUGACGCUGUAUCCUAGCAACGAGGACUUAAGCUUGGCGAUCGGUGCCAUUCUGCACUCUUUCAGUUACCCGACGGCCAGCCUGAUCUGUGCCAAAGCAGAGUGCCUGCUGCGAUUGGAGGAGCUUGUGCGUCACUUCCUCAUAUCCCGGGAAACACUCUCAGUCAGAAUGCUCGAUGAAAACUUGGACCCCACCCCCCUGCUAAAGGAAAUCCGUGAUGACAAAGUUGCGACAAUUAUCAUUGAUGCUAAUGCAUCAGUGUCUAUACUAAUAUUAAAAAAGGCCUCAGAAUUAGGCAUGACAUCAGCCUUCUACAAGUAUAUUCUCACCACAAUGGAUUUCCCUCUGUUGAGGUUGGAUGACGUGGUAGAUGAUCAAUCAAAUAUCGUUGGCUUCUCCAUGUUGAACAGCAGUCAUCCUUUUUACCUGGAGUUCAUUAGAAGUCUAAACCUGUCAUGGAGGGAAGGUUGUGACCUCAGUCCCUACCCUGGUCCAGCGUUGUCAUCUGCGCUGAUGUUCGAUGCAGUUCAUGUGGUGGUCGGAGCAGUGCGAGAGCUGAACCGCAGUCAGGAGAUCGGAGUGAAGCCUCUGAGCUGCACUUCCUCACUUAUCUGGCAGCACGGCACCAGUCUCAUGAACUACCUGCGCAUGGUAGAGUAUGAUGGCCUAACAGGCCGCGUGGAGUUUAACAGCAAAGGCCAGAGGACCAAUUACACGCUGCGUAUUCUUGAGAAAUUCAAGGGGGGUCACAAAGAGAUUGGUGUCUGGUACUCCAAUAACACGUUGGCUAUGAACUCCACAUCUUUAGACAUCAACGCAUCUGAGACGUUAGCCAAUAAGACACUCACAGUCACCACAAUACUGGAGAAUCCAUACGUGAUGCGCAAGGCAAACUACCAGAACUUUCAUGGUAACGAUCAGUAUGAGGGAUUCUGUGUGGAUAUGCUACGAGAGCUGGCAGACAUACUGAAGUUUUCGUUCCGGAUCAAGCUGGUGGAUGACGGCCUGUAUGGAGCUCCAGAACCUAAUGGGUCAUGGACUGGCAUGGUGGGGGAAUUAAUCAACAGGAAAGCAGAUCUGGCAGUGGCUGGAUUUACAAUCACAUCAGAGAGGGAAAAGGUCAUAGAUUUCUCCAAACCUUUCAUGAACCUUGGAAUCAGUAUCCUGUACCGCGUCCACAUAGGCAGGAAGCCAGGUUAUUUCUCCUUCUUGGAUCCGUUUUCGCCAGCUGUCUGGCUCUUUAUGCUUUUAGCCUAUCUGGCCGUUAGCUGUGUACUCUUCCUGGCUGCCAGGCUGAGUCCAUAUGAGUGGUACAACCCCUUCCCGUGUUGGCGGGACCGCAAGGACCUCCUGGAGAAUCAGUACACGCUAGGGAACAGCCUGUGGUUUCCGAUCGGUGGUUUCAUGCAGCAGGGCUCAGAGAUCAUGCCCCGGGCCCUGUCCACACGCUGUGUCAGUGGUGUUUGGUGGGCAUUUACGCUGAUCAUCAUUUCCUCCUACACGGCAAACCUUGCAGCUUUUCUGACGGUCCAGAGAAUGGAGGUGCCAAUCGAAUCUGCUGAUGACUUGGCAGAUCAGACGAACAUCCAGUACGGGACUAUUCAAGGAGGAAGUACUAUGACCUUCUUCAUGAACUCGCGCUAUCAGACGUACCAGCGCAUGUGGAAUUACAUGUACUCCAAGCAGCCUAGUGUGUUUGUGAAGAGCACGGAGGAGGGCAUAGCACGGGUUUUAAACUCCAAAUACGCCUUUCUUCUGGAGAGCACUAUGAACGAGUACUACCGACGCCUCAACUGCAACCUCACACAGAUAGGAGGCCUGUUGGACACCAAGGGCUACGGCAUCGGCAUGCCUCUGGGUUCACCAUUCAGAGAUGAGAUCACGUUAGGCGUGCUGCAGCUCCAAGAAAACAACAGAUUAGAAAUCCUAAAGCGUCGUUGGUGGGAGGGGGGAAAGUGUCUUAAAGAAGAAGACCAUCGAGCCAAAGGUCUAGGUAUGGAGAAUAUCGGCGGGAUAUUCGUGGUGCUGAUAUGUGGGCUCAUAAUAGCUGUUUUUGUAGCCAUUAUGGAGUUUGUGUGGUCCACGCGCCGGUCAGCCGAGACAGAUGAGGUACGCCCUCACUCCCGUACUGGGUACUGCCCUGCCCGAAACCACAGACAUGCACGAGUGUCAGUAUGUCAGGAAAUGAUGACUGAAUUCAGGAACGUUAUCUCCUGUAAAAAGAACUCUCGUUCGCGGCGGCGCCGACCCCUCUCGUCCCAGGGCGUUCUUCGGCACCCAGCUCGUCUCCCUUUAGGAGUUCCCCGGCCCGUACGCCUUGUGCGGGAGAUGCGUCUUAGCAACGGCAAGCUCUACAGUGGGACGGGGCCGUUAACCGGUGCUGCAGCAGGACCAGGACCCGGUGGCGGCGCUGCGGAAAUGGGCCCGGGCCCUCAGCGACUGCUGGAGGACCCUCUCAGUGCCAGUGUCCCGAGCAGCACACCGGCUCUGCUCCCCACAGCGGCGCCCCGCGGCUGCACACACGUACGGGUGUGCCAGGAGUGCCGGCGGAUCCAGAGCCUUCGCUCCACGUCCACUUGUUCGCGCAUCUCGCCACUGGCCUCCGCCACAUCAUCUCUCCCGCGUUUGCCACCGCCACCGCCCUCCUCCACCUCCAAUACAAACACCGACAGUGAGGGUGGGGGGUCAGGCAGCCCACGCAGGGCCAAACCCACACCCCCUCCGAGACCAAUCCCGCCCACUAAAACCCCCUCCACUGAUCUCCUCUGCAAGCAGGACUGAGGCCGCCUUUCAUCUGGACAAUAAAUUAAUGUAAAUGAGUGCUGGAGGACAGAUGCAAUGACUCUGUCCACACCUCCAGUCAAAGUGACCUCUGGGAUACUGCAAAUAAAGGCAAUUUUUGGAUGCGAAAUUACAUUAAUGGACACUGAGUGAGAGAUAGAUGAUUCAGCCAACCGCUUCCUGUCCAAGUGUUUGGUUUAACACCACGUCAUUCAGUGGCACUCGGAGAGCCUGGGAGGUUUGGCACGCUGUUGAGACUACAUAAUGCAUAUCCCGGGGAAGUAUGCUAUGCAACAUGUCAUAAAGGGAAACACGGAAGGAAACUAUGAGGACGACUAUCAGUUUUGCGUUGAAGUACGAAUCUUCUCCAUGAUUUGUGUUGGGGGACUGUAUACACUCCUGUGAGAGGA